AUGACAGUGUUUCUGGUCACAAAUGAGUCUAUCAAGGCUCAGAUCCAGGAUGUGAGCUCGGAAAUUGGCUUCCAGCCUACCUGGUCGAACUUGCGGGCCUACGAGGGCUACUUCCACUCGAACGACGGACUACUCAAUCGAAUCUGGUACAGCGGUGCCUAUACACUUCAAACCAACUCGGUCCCAAUCAACACCGGUCUUCAAGUCCCAAUGCUGCAUAAUGGAUGGGCCAAUAAUGCAAGUCUGGGCCCUGGAGAUACUAUCAUUGUCGACGGGGCCAAAAAGGGAUCUACAGGCGACGUGGAGAGUGUUAAGGAUGCUCUCCAGGUCAUGUACAACACCCAAGUACCAUAUAUGGACGAUGAUCGGAACCUACAAUUCGUGCUGUUCUCCAACGAUACCGAUUUCCUUUCAACCAACUGGGAGAGAUAUCAAGCCGCUAUGGACUUCAUCUAUGGGAAGAUGGAUAACUUGUCAGGAUUAUUGAUUGUCGCCGGCACCCGCGAUUGGGCUCGAUGGCAGCAGGGAUAUAAAAACUCAGAAGCGCAGAUGAUAAUAUACCAUACACUGAAGACAGGGGCACAGCUGGCUGCUUGGACAGAUAGCACGAGUUCUCUCGCAGAAAAUCUCAAGAAGGCUAUCGAUCAGUACUGCUGGGGCGAUGCAUAUGGGGCGUUCAAGGACAAUGCGACGACACGCGCUGCAAGUAUCUCGGAGAGGCUGACGGGUAAUUGGACGCCAAUCGGUGCAGUUGCGCCUGAGCUUCCCGAGAAUAUCUCGCUAUUCAUUUCGUCGUUUGAGAUCCAAGGUCAUUUUGUUGCCGGCCAGCCCACCAGAGCGCUCGAGCUCAUUCGGCGAAGCUGGGGCUGGUAUCUCAACAAUCCCAACAGCACGGAAAGCACUGUCAUUGAGGGGCCGACGUCUGCCCUGACCAACUACGUCGUCGGCCUUUCCAUUACAUCGCCUGGAGGGAUGACUUGGAAGAUUGCGCCGCAAUUUGGCGAUCUCAAGUCUGCCGAGGGGGGAUUUGCAACAUUGCUGGCCAUGGAGGCCAUCUAUCACUUCGAUCAGAUGUCCAUAGACGAAACCGUCCCAGCUGCACCAGCGGAAGCACCAGCAGAAGCAUCAGCAGAGAUCCGUCCUUGUGCUUACUGCACCGAGGAUAUCGAAGGCGAACCAGUAAGACCUUGCAAAGGAUGCGAGUGUUAUUGCUGUGGCGACUGUAUCCGACAAAUCUUCCUCAUGGCGUGCAAGGACGAGGCCCAGAUGCCGCCGCGCUGCUGCGAUCCCAUCCCGCUGGCUGUUGCACGCAGAUUUCUUUCUGAUGAGGAGAUUUAUUUGUACAAGUCGAAGUUCGAGGAGUGGAGAACAGUCAACCGCUGCUACUGCCCCGUUCCCACCUGCUCCGCCUUCAUCCCCCCCAGCUACAUACUGGCAGAAUGGAGGGUCCUCGUGGCUUCUAGCGGCUUUUAUAGGCAGUUGGCGGCCAGCGGGGCUACACCGUCUCUUCCCGUGAGCCCGUUGUACAUCUCGUUUCCCGUGCUGUGCCCGAAGUGCUCUGCCCAGGUCUGUUGGAAAUGCAAGAAGCUGUACCACCACGGCUCUACGUGUCAGGUGUCAGAUAUUGACCCUGAACUGGCGCGGACCUUGGAAAAAUUGGGUAUUAAACGAUGCCCUAAGUGCCGUGCUGCAGUCCGCAGGAUGUUUGGCUGUCGUCACAUGCAGUGCCGUUGCGGUGCACAAUGGUGCUGGUACUGUAGCCGGGGUAUCGAGGUCUGCAAGGCGAAUAUUUGCGCGCAAGGACGGGCGGCUGAGAUGCAGGUUCGUGAUGACAACGCUGAGGAGAUCGCCACUCAAGUUGACGAGGGAGACGGUGGAGAAGAGGAAGAGGAAGACGCUGAAGGUGGCUCUGACGACGAGGGAUAUUGGGACCGUUUUGGUGGCUGGAGAUCUGACCCAGAUGAGACCGACGAUGAGCAAGACGACCAAGCAGAGGACGAGUAUGAUGAUGACGACGAUCAAGCGCCUGAGAUGUCGCUCGCUAGAGCAGUCGAACACGACGUGUUUGCUGAUGAGGCCGGUAGCGAUGUCGAUCUGGACGCUGGAUCUGACUGGGACGAUGCUUCGGACUACUUCGGGACCGAGCCGGACGGUUCCAGGCUUGAUCCUAAUGACUGCAAUCAUGAUUUCGCCGCAAUCAUCGAUAAUUCCGAAGUCGAGAACCCAGAGUAUGUGUACGAAUGUGAAAAUUGCUGGCGCAGAAUCUAUCCGAGAGAGACCUUGCUCCCGAGUUACCUCUGGGAAGAGAUUCGAUCCCAAGACGCUUCGCCCACUGCACAGCUGAUUGCUUCGAUGAACGUUGUGGAGCGCUCGGACGCACAGAUGUAUCUAUGCAGGAAUUGCAAGUUCAGGAUCUGUGGCACCUGUCGCGCUGGUUAUGGAAACUUUGAGUUCUGA